CGCCCGGAGUAGACUGCUGCUUGGAGAUGUGCAGGUGCUGAUAUCCCUUCGCUUUCCCCGCUCCCCGGAAGAGGACCCCCCCUUCUCCCCCACGCCCCCUGGUUCCCUCAGACGGGGUUGCCGGGGAAACAGCUCCUGGCCGUUUGAGACCCCCGGCCUGGGCUGGUGUGGGAGACGGGGCCCUCCGGACCGGGCUCGCGGGGCCGGCCGCCGGGAGCUUGAAGAAGGAGGGAAGAGAGGAACGACCAGGCCCUGCAGCCAAUUUAGACCCUGCGGCCCCUUCCUCAGGUUCCUGUACCCCGGGCCGCUAUGGAGUUCGCGGAGCUGAUUAAGACACCGCGAGUGGACAACGUGGUGCUGCACCGGCCCUUCUACCCGGCUGUGGAAGGCACGCUAUGCCUGACCGGCCAUCACCUGAUCCUGUCCUCCCGUCAGGAUAACACCGAAGAGUUGUGGCUGCUCCACUCUAACAUCGACUCCAUCGAGAAGCGAUUCGUGGGAUCAUUGGGUACCAUAAUCAUAAAAUGCAAAGAUCUGCGGAUAAUUCAGUUGGACAUUCCUGGCAUGGAAGAAUGUUUGAAUAUUUCCAGUUCCAUUGAGGCUUUGUCAACCUUGGACUCCAUCACUCUGAUGUAUCCUUUCUUUUAUCGACCCAUGUUUGAAGUGGUAGAAGAUGGCUGGCAUACAUUUCUUCCUGAGAGAGAAUUUAAACUCUUGUCCUCGGUUACUAAGGAAUGGAGACUGAGCUACAUCAAUAAAGAUUUUUCUGUCUGCCCUUCUUACCCUCCAAUUGUUACUGUGCCCAGCUGCAUUGAUGAUGAGGCUCUCAGAAAAGUGGCUACAUUUCGUCAUGGUGGGCGCUUCCCAGUACUUAGUUAUUACCAUGAAAAAAAUGGAAUGGUAAUGAUCCGGAGUAGUCAACCACUUACCAGCACCAAUGGGAGACGGUGCAAAGAAGAUGAACAACUUAUAAAUGCUACCCUUGGUCCAGGAAAACGAGGCUACAUUAUUGACACACGAUCUCUAAAUGUGGCUCAACAAGCUAGAGCUAAAGGGGGUGGUUUUGAGCAGGAAGCUCAUUAUCCUCAGUGGAGACGCAUUCACAAGUCCAUUGAGAGGUAUCACAUUCUUCAGGAGAGUUUGAUAAAACUUGUAGAAGCUUGUAAUGACCAGUCACAUAACAUGGACCGGUGGCUUAGCAAAUUAGAAGCUUCUAAUUGGUUGACUCACAUCAAAGAGAUUCUAACCACUGCCUGCCUGGCUGUUCAGUGUAUUGACAGGGAAGGAGCAUCGGUAUUGAUUCAUGGAACAGAAGGAACUGAUUCUACACUUCAGGUUACCUCCUUGGCCCAGAUCAUCUUAGAACCAAGAUGUAGGACCAUUCGUGGUUUUGAGGCUCUUAUAGAGAGAGAGUGGCUACAGGCAGGCCACCCCUUCCAGCAACGUUGUGCCCAGUCGGCCUACUCCAACAGUAAGCAGAAGUGGGAAGCACCUGUGUUUUUUCUUUUCUUAGACUGUGUGUGGCAAAUCCUGCGCCAGUUCCCUUGCUCCUUUGAAUUUAAUGAGCAUUUCCUUAUCUUGCUCUUUGAGCACUCUUAUGCCUCACAGUUUGGGACCUUCUUGGGCAACAAUGAAAGUGAAAGGUGUAAAUUGAAACUACAGCAGAAAACCAUGUCCCUUUGGUCCUGGGUCAACAGACCCAGUGAGCUGAGCAAGUUCAUUAAUCCUCUUUUUGAAGCCAAUAGCCUUGUCAUCUGGCCUUCAGUUGCUCCACAAAGUCUUCAGUUAUGGGAAGGUGUAUUCUUACGAUGGAAUAGAUCCUCUAAAUAUCUGGAUGAAGCUUAUGAAGAAAUGAUUAAUAUCAUUGAAUAUAACAAGGAAUUACAGGCAAAAGUAAAUACCCUUAGAAGGCAGUUGGCAGAGCUGGAAACAGAAGAUGGGAUGCAAGAAAGCCCCUAAGAAAGUCCCUUAUGGCUUUAGAGUUGGAAUCUUUUCCAUCUCUUUUUCCUUUAGCCUCUUUCUCCUAUUUUCCUAUGGUUCAUCUUUCAGUGAAGCUUGAAAUAUGCUUAAGUGGUGGAACUGGUCUGAUGUAAUAGAUUUCUCAACAUUUCACUGAUGAAAUCUCCAACCAUUUUUUACCUUCCAUAAGGCCUCUUAGGUGGCUUCAUUUUGAGGAAAAGAGGAGUGAUAGUCAUUUUAGUUGACAUUAAAGUAGUGACAUGUUUGAUGCAUUCAUUCUAUAGAACACUUAACACUUAAGUGUAAACUUAAGCUUAUCUUUUUUUAUUUAAAUCUUAUAUGGAUGGCCGGCUAUGGACAAAGACAAGUCAUCUAAUUAAAGGAUUAUUUGGCUUUUUUUUGUCUUGAGUUUUUGGUGUUUAUCAGAAUUCCAGAUGUUUCAAACCUGAAAUGGCAAAUCAAGACAUUUUAAUACAUAUUUUCAAACAAUGGACUUAAAAAUGGAUUUGCAACUUCUUUUUGGCAUAAUUCUUACUGACAAAGAUAAAUUUAUUCUAUCUUUGGUUUAUUAAAAAGGAAAUAGAAAUAUAUUGAUGCCAUUGUUUCAUUGUUGUAGGACAGUUGCCUUUGAAAGAGAAGCCAGAUGGUCAGAUGGGAUUUCUCUUAAGAAUUAAAUUUAUUGAAAAGUGAACACUAAAUCAGAGUUGGAAGAAUGUGCAAUAUUGACAUUGUUUUGUUUUUGAGUUUCUUGGCCAUACCUUGUAGAAAUAAAAAUAACAUAUGAGGACCAGAAAGAAAAAAAUACCAUUUGGAAAAGGUCAUAAUUUACAAUAUAAAAAAUGGUUACUUUUAACCAGAGAUGCACUGCCCUUGUCUGAUGUUCUCAUUGCACUGGGUUUUUGCUUUUUUUUUUUUUUUUUUUUUUUUAAGAAUAGGAGUUGGCUAAUACUAAGGUUACAACUUUUAAAGUGAUUUUUUAUCACAAUGCAUUUUUGUCUUGACUUGGUUAACUUGUCCAUGUUUUACGUUAGGCAAAUGUGAUUUAAAAAAUAAACUUAUGUGAUGGUGAUGUAAUAUCAUAUUUUAAAUUUCAGAAACUUAGUAGAUUAAAAGAUUUUCAGAUGUUAAACACAACACUAAUGAUUUAUUUAUUCUGGUGUCAGUUUUUUCUUCUGGUCAGUUCUUAAAGAUGUGUUGCCAAUUUUUUUCAUCAUUGAUUUUGUUUAGCUAUUACUUAUCACUCUUAAAGAAGACACUGUGAAAGAAUAGAAUUUAAUAUCAACUCAUAAAAUCUAUACAUGUAACCAUUUUAGUGUAGAAUACUCGAAACAUAACCCAGAUUUAGUGCUACUGUACAUUGUGGAAAAGAAUAAACUUUUUGCUUUCCAUCCUUGAAUGUAAAUCUGACCACAGUAGCCCUAGAAACUGGCAAAUACUUGUUGCUUCUCCCCACCCCAUCCAGAAAUACAAUCUUACCACUUUAAAAGUUUCUGCUCUUUUUAUUCCUUCUCCUGGCUGGUUAGCAGUAAUUUGAAAAACUGUCUUUAGUGAGAAGUUGUUUAUAGAUAUUUUAGAAUGGUGGGUAUCUUUGAUUAUUGCUGUGAACCUUAGAAUAUAAUAGCCCUUAUUAAAUAGCACUUAUUAUUAAAAUAAGGCAAGGAAGGGAAUUGAGAUCUCUAUAGAAAUAGAUUAGAGCUAGUUAUGUAUGGUGUAUAUAUUUGUAUGUUAUAUAAAUUUUGGAAGGCAGAGACAGAAGGAAAACUUUUUGUGAGACCUGAAAAUGACCUGCUACUUUCCAACCACAUCUAAAACUAGCUUUCUCUUUGUUCCAAAGUAGGAGACUUUUUCCCCCUCCAAUUCACUUAGGAAUAAGGGAGAGCAUCAGAAGAUUUCUUAGUGAUUCCUUAAAUCUGAUUAAUACAACAUGUGGUCCACAGGAACUAGAUAAGCAGGUAUAGGGGCUGUUUCUUACUAGGUCCUAUGCCUAGAGAUGGCAUCUCAUCAUCUGUGGUCAGCAAGUAUAAUAAUGAAUGUCUGAGCCAGAGUCAGUAAUAAUAAGGGACAUAAAAUCUGCUCCCUCUUUCUCUUCCUGAAAACAGGUGCUAACACAUGAGGAAUGUUAAGCUAUUGUAUGGUUUUGUGCAUUGUAGAUAGAAAUCUCAAAAACCGAGAGCCAUUUGGGGCAAGUUAGAGCCAACUGAAGUGUCCUCUGGCUAUAUGAAAAAAAUGCUAUGAAAUAAUAAAUUACCUCUGACUUGAAAAAAGAACAAAUAAGAAUUGCUUAUGAGAUAGUAGGGUUUUUAAAGACUCUUACGAUAAAAGCCUUAGGCCUCGGGGAUUGUGCUUACCAAGGUCCUGUUUCUCAUUUAGGCUGAUGCACAUGAGGUAUUUGUGUGUGUAAUGGACACCUUCAUUUAGUCAUUCAUAUUGAAGGUGCUAGUUUACAUUUUUAGUUGUAGUUAAAAGUUUGUGAAAGGGAAACAAGCAAGUGUGUAAGCACUAUCGUCCAAUAGUACACAGAUCUGGUGUAGCCAGCCACAUCCAGGACUUUAUCUUUCUGAGUGUAGGAUAGUUUCUUAAAUCCCUAUCCUUGACCUGAAUGAUUUCUACUAUCCCUAUUCCUUGGUUUAGUCAGUUCUUCAAAUCCUGACUGUUUUUAAAUAAACUUGCCCUAUGAUUUUUCCAAGAGAGAACUUUGUCUCUGUAAUUUUACUGAGUUCAUUAUUAUCAUUUGUAAUUAACAGAUAGUCAUCUAGAUUUGGAAAACAGGUUUGGCUAAACUAGAGUUAAAAUUAUGGGUUUUUUGUUUUCGUGGCAAAGGCCAUCAUAUAUAGUAUUUGUGUCAAAAUGAGCUUUUUGCUUUCACAAAAUUCACAAACACAUUUGAGGCAGUUAUGCAGCCACUGUAAGCUUUGUUGCCAAAUGAAAAGUUAACAAUAUUAACUUCUAAAGAGAGUUCAUUCUUAAGUUUUAGAAGCAAUUUAGAUGAACAAUGUUAGAAAAUCUUUGUAUUUAUUCAUAUUCUCAUGUUGGGGAGAUUUCUUUUAUAAUCUUUGGACUGUCAGGUCUAGAUUAAUAAGAAUAUAUGGGUCUCAAAUGACUUCACUUUAGGUGAUGAAAUGCAGUGGAAUAGACUCUAAGUCUAUUGACUUCUUUUGUAUAAGUCAAGAGGAAAUACCUCUUGUCAAAUACAUGCCCAUGAAACCACUUAAGGAAGAAUUGAGUCCUUUUAAUUAUCUGAAAUGAAAGCUUUUCAGUUUUACUGAUUGGAUACUGUAAGAAAGCAGAAUACUUAUUUCUUAGGUUGAAUUCAUUCUCUCCUGGACAAAAAGUGAGCUAGUUGUUUAAAUAAUUUGUCCCUUGCUCUAGCAACAUAAAGCCUAUGACAAGUAAUAGAAGGCUACUGAGCAAAUCUAAGUGACCUGUCUAGUGAAAAUAUUUCCUUGGUUGUGUUUUUAUGUAAUUCUCCAUCUUAUAAAAUAUCAAAUACUGGGGAAGAAUGGUUUUGCCUUCAGUAUAACAACCAAGCAUAUUCAUAGUCUUAUCUUUUUUUUUUUUCUUCAUUAAAAAAAACUACUUUUAUCUCUAUUCUCAUCCGUAAGGUCUUGAAAUCUUUGUAAGAUGCAUAUCAGCCCAUUUUAAAUGGGUAACCCAAAAGUAGUUUUUUGAAACAUUUCAAGUUCUUGACUUCCAUACUUAUUACUCUAAGUUACUAUUUAGCAAACAGCCAUCUGUCCCUCAGAAUUAAACAUUUAUAAAAUGUUCAAUUUCUUUUAUUCUAUGUGAAGGAAAAUGGGAUUCACUACAAAUUCUUUAUUGUCCUGAAAAGUGAUUACUGGUGGAAUUUUAGAGUGAACAAAAAUCUUUUAUUUUUGACUAUUUGCAAAUCCAGAGAAUGGUAUAUGGAGAUUUGAAACCAUCUGAUUGCUCAGUGCAGUAGUAGGGCCUGUGUAUAACUAGCCAUAACACUUGCUUCUGGUUCAAGCUGUAUGCAUCCUGGGAGAGUUAUUGUUCAACACAAGUACAUGCUAGACUUCAUUGCUUAGAAUCCUUGUACAUCUAAUGCCAUUUAUAAUAAAAAUGUUGUGCUUGCACAAUUUAGUUUAAAUGUAUUUCUUCACUAGCCAGGUAUUUGGAUUGUACUCUUGAUAUAUUUGAAUGUGACUUUUGGGUUCAAGUGCACUAUUACUAUUCAUGUUCCAUAAAAUAAAGUCACACCAUAUAACAUUAUUGGUGGCUGUAAUGUAUCUUUUGCUAAACUUUAGAGUGCUGUUAAUUUUUUUUUUUUUUUUUUGUAGAGGUUCCUCUACAGAGCAUUUGUCUUUUACUGUUGGGGAAAGAUAACUCUACACUUUUGUAUAUCUGUGUAACAUUUUAAUAUUCUUUGUAAUGUUCAAGUCAGGGUCACUAAAUAAUGCAAACUAAAUAGUAGAUAUAUAUCCAUCCUAAAUCAUCUUGAGUCAACUGUUUUGUCAAGUGUGAUUAUAUUGACUUGAAAGAAAUUGUGUUGUCUCAAGUGUUUAUGUUAUUGUUGGUUCCUUGUUUUGUGUAUGGUGUUUUCUUCCACUACAAAGGAGAGCUGCACUGAGUCUAGUGUUAAGUUUCUCUAGGUAACUAUUAAUAAAAUUUCAAUCUAAUCAGAUGCUGAAAAAUUAAGCUGCCAUCUGACAAUAGUUUUUUCAAAGAGCUUAAAGAAGUUGGUAGAAAAUAUUUGAAUUAAAAUAUGCUUAUGUUUAAAUAUACUAAUUAUUGUUUUAA